AGUACUUACGAGUAGGUAUUAGGUAUUCUGAGGUAGGUACUCUACUUUAUUUAUAUUUCAAGAACCAAGGUUAAAAAACAUUCUGUGACUUCUGCAAACAAACAACUGCGCAUUUUUACAAAAAUACACUUUAGCAAACUUCACAGACAAAUUUUCCGUUAACCGAACCCUGAAAUCCACUGGUCAAACACAAUUGUUUAACCUAAUAAUAUAUUAAGCGUUAACCAAGCUAAUAAUACAAUGUUUAUACUUUCAAUCUACGAACUUAUUCGCGUCAGAACGGUAGUAUAAAUUACGGAACAACUUUUUGAAUGUCAUUGUGAACUACCUAGUCAGAGCAUCCGUAUAUUUUACGGCGCUUUUUCUUGCCUACAUUUUAUAAAAAUACAGAAAAUGGUGAGAUUAUUAGCUGUUGUUUUGGCUGUAGCCAUUUUUGGUGUUGUUUUAAGCAAACCUUUGGAAGAGACAAUGGAUUUGGAACAGAAAGUUCACCGGCUGGGGAAGAGAUAUAUCAACCAGGGUCUAGCAUCGGGCUUCUACAACAACGGCCUUUCCAGGAUUAGAACCCGGAGAAACGUAGCAGAGGACUGCGAGAAAUUGGAACUGUGCAGACUGCACGCGAGAUCUUCUAGAAACUUCUUAUCGGCGUUCGAGCUUUACUUCGUCAACAAAGAGAACGCCCGGCUCUGGGACCACCAGACGUACACGGCGGCCGACUGCGACCGCCGGUUCGCGCACUGCUUCGGCGGCUCGCAGCCCCAACAGCCACAACAAAGACAAUUCAGAGACAGCAGACCAUACUACGAUAACUAUAGGGAGUUUAAUGAUGAUUACGAAUAAGAAAAACUAGUACUAUUACACCGCGAGAACACAGGGGCUACCGCGAACCACGUUCGACGUGUUGCCUCUCUGUCGCACUUGUAAAUUCGUACGUAAGUGUGUGGUUCGCGGUAGGCCCUCAGGUUUCCAUGACCAAUCGCCUCCCGGACGAUAGUGGUUAACGGCUAUGUAUGAUGGACCCUCGUGGACGUCAGCUGCCGCUCCGUUGGUGGAUUGAGGAAACGCAGCCACCGAAACACGUACAACUAUUUUCAUCGCCUCCCGUUUGAUACUUUGUCAUGAUAGUUCAGAUGGUAUUGUUAAUUUAAAAAAUCGUCAGCCGUUUAUAUCGCGGUGGGACGAACGUCAGCUGGUCACAUUAACAUGUAAAAAAUAAGCUCUUUACCUUAUGAUAGCAAUAACAAAUAUUGAAACGGCAUGCAGCAUUUCAUCAGGAGAAACACCUGAAACGCCAUAAACGGAUUACGCAAUUUACACAUGACGCAUACUUUGCGAACAUAAAGUGAGCGCGUUUUUUUUACAUGUUCAUUUUACAGCUGACGGUCUUUCCACCGCGAUACGCGAUACCGGCUGACGGUUUUUUUAUAUUUAAAACCGUCUAAACCAUCAUCUGACGAAGUAUCAGCCGGGAGGCGAUGAGAUGACUGACGCCAUAUGCUCCUGGCCCGCGGUCUAUACAUAUAGGUAGUCAGUCCCCUAUCUGCCCAAAUAUCAAUAUUUACCAAGCCAAAUUUGUCUGAAAAUAUUUGAAAUGUCAUAGAACGGAGGACUCAUUUUUAGGCCUCUGGGUAGUGAGAAUGAAUUUGAAAUACAUUGUUAAUAAAUCUAAUACAGAUUAAGAGUAAAAGUUACAUUGUACGGCCACGUCUGAAAAAAUAUGUAUACACCUUUAAUAUAUGGGCAAUAAGCUCGUGUAUACAUAAUUUUGGAACUUUGUUCGUAUCGAUAUUUUCAGAAGUGACUGUAUAUUAGUACGUUAUUUAUUGGUAGAUUACGAAAUAAAACUUCGUUUAUUACCUCAA